AUGACCGACCAGCCCGACGCCCGCGAGCGUCUCCGCCAAAACUUCCUCAAUCAUGACCCAAAGCAGCACCCCAAUCGUUGGGAGCAUCUCUGGCAGAAAGACGACUUGCCUUGGGACAAAGGCUUUGCUUCGCCGGCAUUAGCAGAUGCUCUCGCUGAGAGAAAGGAUCUGCUGCCCACCGCUCAGUCUGGCCGACGCCUGCGCGCUCUGGUACCCGGCUGCGGCAAGGGCUACGAUGUACUCUUGCUUGCCAGCUGGGGAUACGAUGCUGUUGGUGUUGAGGCUGCUGCUACCGCCGUCAAGGCUGCUAACGCCGAGUCCAAGGGCUGGGAGGAGAAGCCUGAGUAUGCGGUCAAGGACGAGACCAGGGGCCGCGGAAGUGCCAAGUUUGUGUUUGGUGACUUCUUCGAGAAGGGCUGGGAGAAGGAUGCGAUUGGAGAAGACGGUUCGAAGGAAGGACAGUGGGAUCUGAUCUAUGACUACACCUUCUUGUGCGCCUUGCCGCCAGCCCUGCGACCUGCGUGGGCAGCUCGUCAGUCAUCGUUACUGUCGCCUGGUGGGCGUUUGAUCUGUCUUGAGUUCCCAACUUACAAGCCUCCAUCAACUGGUGGACCCCCAUGGGCUCUUAGACCAGAGACUUACCUUGCCCAUCUGAGUCAGCCCGGCAAGGAAGUCGAGUAUGACGAGGAAGGCUUUGCUGUCUGGAAAGAAGGCCAGACUCCUGGAGAAGGCGCUCUGGAGAGGAUUGCUCACUGGAAGCCGGAGAGAACUCACAAGAUCGGUGAAGGUACUGACAAUGUCAGCAUCUGGAAGAGAAGAUGA